AAUUCUAGUAAAACUGUAAGCAGGGAUAUAUAGUUAUUUUAAUAUAAUAUACCGGCCGUGAUGAUUGUGGCUACAAUACCUCAUUUGUACACCGCUGCCACGCCUAUUCUACCGCGCCAUCUAUCUAAGAUAUCUGCAAAAAGUACUGAGCAAAGACAGAGCCCCAAAAAAUCUGCUGAGCGACCGAAUCCUGCUGAUGCAGGAGACGAUAAGGAACUUGUUGGGAACAAUCCAGAGCAGCGGAACUGGAAGGGAAUGGCCAUCGCGUUACUUGUUAUUUUGGCCGUUUGUGGUUUCGUUAUUCUCGCUGUCGUUCUUUUAUCACCAGAGGAAACUACGACGGUAUACGCCAAAAUACUUUUGGAUGACGUGGUCAACGAAAAGUGGAAAACAGGCCUUGCAGCUGAUACAUCAUGGAUUGGACCGAUACUGGUUUGGCGUGACCAUUACGGUAACGUUAUGAAAACAACUUCACACAACCUCCCGUCUCAACCGCUGAUCAGAAACCAGACAAUGAUGGAUUAUGGAAUUAGUAGCUUUAAAGUGUCAGCAGAUCUUAAAUAUGCUCUCCUUGCUUUUAACGAGAAGAAAAUCUACUCGGCAUCAUAUAAUGCAUCGUACUUUAUAUACAACAUAGAAACGAGGUCUCGUGAGCCACUUGUCCAUGAGUCACGUGAUGUGUUCCAGUUCGCUGGUUUCGGUCCCAACGCAAGCCAGAUGAUAUACGUCAUCGAUGGUGACGUUUAUUACAAGCCAAGCGUUGCUGGAGAUGCAAUACGACUCACUAGGGACGGAGUAUACGGAGUCGUUAUUAACGGAUUGACCGAUUGGCUUUACGAAGACGAGAUUUUUGGCACAAACGUUGCCCAUUGGUUUUCACCGAAUGGUCGAUACUUGGCUUACGCGAGGUUUGACGAUACCAACGUUGCUGAUGGUUACGUGACGUCAUAUACAAGCGACACGUCACAAAUAGACCCUCCGACCACGCCCACCGCAUCUUUUUACAAGAGUCCAAAAGCAGGGUCAACGAAUCCUUCAGUUUCCGUUCAUGUCGUAGAUCUGGAAUCUCGUGAUCAAGUUGCUCUCUCCCCCCCUCUCGUGUCGAGAGAAUGGUUGCGGAUGCUUCAAUCUGUGACAUGGACACGUGACAGUCAGUAUUUGUUGGUCACGUGGUCCAACCGCACACAAACACUAAGUGUGACGCAACAAUGCUAUCCUACGUCAGCAACUUGCGUGGACGACGUACUCCAACUUCGUUCAAGAAAUAACGGAUGGAUUCCGCAACUGAACCAACCCCACUUGACCUCCAGUGACCCCGGUGUGUUUUUCUCCAUUGUCCCAAGUAACCACGGUGGGCGGGGCUCUUUUCGCCACCUAGCGAUGAUUAAUUUUACUGCGAAACCUGCCGAACGUACUUUCCUUACCGAUGGCUCAUGGGAAGUCACGAAGAUUUUGUUUCACGACGAUGAAACUAAAAGCGUCUACUACAUCAGCAACGAGCAACAACCCGGCCAACGUCACGUCUACGUCAUCGGUACGUCACCAGGAUCACAGAGGCGAUGUUUAACAUGUGAUCCCAGCAAUGAUGUUACGAUGAUGAGUGGUGCAAGGCAAAUACCUCGUAAAGUAAAGGGUCAUCAAUGUCUUUACUUCGAUGCUGAGUUCGGAUCGUCAGCAGAUUGGUUUCUACUUAAUUGCUUGGGACCCGGUGUACCGUACAGUUCCUUCGGUAUCUUAAACAGUGCAAGCAGCAGAACCGGUGUAGAUGAUUUCUAUGAUGAUGUCCCGGAUGUGGACGUUGCAAUGGACGAACCACGGGAUGGACUUGUCGUCAAACUUUUAGAAACUUUUUCACCAUAUGUGAUCAGUUACUCCAGCGUGUUGGUGUCAAUGUACAGAUAUGAGACCGCAACAGUGCUUGGCCGACAAAUCCCAUUAAAAAUACUACUACCACACGGAUAUCAACUUACCAAGCGACCCAUCGUUUUCCACAUAGGAGAGAUCGGGGAGCAAAACGCUGACUUUAGGUUCAAAAUGGAUUUCGCAGAGUACAUGGUAUCACGUGACAGUGUCAUCUACGUAUUCGCUGACAUCCGGGGUUCUGGUAACCGUGGCAACAAGCUCGUACAGUCGGUUGCUGGGCAACCAGGUACAAGAGAGGUUGAAGACUUAAAAGAACUUGUAUGGUACAUGGAUAGGAAAUGGGGAGUCGUAACGUCAAACGUUGGGCUUGUGGGAACCGGAUACGGUGGAUAUGUCGUGCUAAGGGCGCUCGCUGACCAAGCUGGAAUAUUCAGCUGCGGUGUCGCAAUUUCUCCUAUAGUGGAUUGGAAACUUGCUUCGUCUGUACGAGCAGAAAAAGUGCUUGGUCUUCCACAGAGCAACCCGCUUGCUUAUGAAAGCAGUAACAUGUUGAAACGUGCAAACUUGUUAGCUAACUCGCAUCUACUCAUAUUCCAAGGCAUGCAAGACCGAAUCAUACACCCGCAGCAUAGCAUUGCGUUAAACCAAGCAGCUAUUGACGACGGUCUUUUACUAUCCAACAUUCAAACUGUGUACUACCCUGAUCAGGACCAUGCUCUAACCAAUAAGUUUUCAAAGCGGCACAUGUUUCAAAAUGCGAGAAACUUUUUACAGAAAUGCGUUAACGGGGGCAUACAGUCGUCUGUCCCAGUGACAAUAUGAACUCAACAUUUGAGUCGUUCUAACACUACAUUGUAAAACAUGGAUAUUUCAGCACUAAGUAAAGCGAGCGCUACACUUUGGUUGUGAAAUUUGCACGUUCCUAAAGUUGGCAGGUUAUACACAAUUAAUGACCGACAUUUGCUGUUUAUUUCGUGCAAUAUGUUUUUAAUGCCCUUUUUUGUACAUUAUCUGUUUUCUUUCGUCAUUUUUUGUUGCACAAAAUAUCGGUGCAGAUUUUUUCUUCCCGAAACUGAAUAAAUUUUCAUGUACGACAGCGUA